CGCAUUUAUGAGUGGAGAGAGACGGAGAGAGAGAGAGAGAGAAAGGGCGGCUUUUCUUCUCUUUUUGGGUUUUUGAAAAAAGCAGACUCUCUUCAAAUUCCAAUCUCAAAUCGAAGUUCUGCUGUAGAAGAAUCCAAAAAGUAAAGUAAUCCAACUUCUCUGAAAAUCGUUUCCUUGGGCUCCACCUUCCGUGCACUCCGCCGCCGGCGGGAUUCCCGACGCACUUCCAUCCAAAACGGGAUUCCAAAAAAUGGCAUUUUGGAACGCGCGUCGGGAUUCCCGCCUGUGUUUAUCGUCUGCCUGAGCUGUCGAUGUGGCGGUUUGCGGGGUUCUGCGUCUGUAGAAUCCGAAACCGCGGGUUGCGGUAGCGGAAGAAAUCGGGACGGUUCAUUUGGCUGGCCCUAUGAUGGAUGGACGAUACAGAUGGUUAAGGGUCAGUUUGGCUGUUUUGUUGUCGUCGGACAAAUAGGAUUGUCUGGCAUAUUUAGUUUGGGUUGAUGACGAGGGUAAGCCGUGAUUUUGGAGACACGAUGCAGCAAGAGGCCGUUCUGUCGGUGUCAACCGAUGUGAGCUUUAUUUCGAAUGGUUUUCCAGAUUAUAAGAUAGGAGCUAACAAUCGAAUUGUUGAAGCAAAUGAGGGUACAGAAGUAUUGUCCAUGAAGGAGGUUGUUGCACAGGAAACUGCUCAGUUGCUAGAGCAGCAAAAGCGUCUGUCAGUGCGUGACCUUGCUCGUAAGUUCGAGAAAGGGUUGGCUGUUGCUGCUGAGUUGUCUGACGAGGCUAAGUUUAGAAAGGCAGCUUCCUUGGAGCGGCAUGCCCUUCUUAAAAAGCUCAGGGAUGUUCUAGAAUCACUGAAAGGCCGUGUGGCUGGUCGAAACCAGGAUGAUGUGGAGGAAGCUAUCUCUAUGGUGGAAGCUUUAGCAGUUCAGUUGACUCAUAGAGAGGGAGAGCUACUUAAAGAAAAAUCAGAAAUGAAAAGGCUGGCAAAUCUUCUCAAGCAGGCUUCAGAGGAUUCCAAAAAAGUGGUUGAAGUGGAAAGGGCUUUUGCUCGUGCUGAAAUUGAAAAUGCUAGAGCGGCAGUGCAGAGAGUUGAACAAGCCUUUCUGGAACAAGAACAGAUUUUAAAAAAUUCUGAAAAACAGGACUUGGAAGAAUUAAUGAAGGAGGUUCAAGAGGCUAGGAGAAUCAAAAUGCUGCAUCAACCAAGCAAGGUAAUGGACAUGGAACAUGAACUCCAAGCAUUACGUUUCCAGCUUGCUGAGAAGUCUAUGUAUUCUCUUCAGCUUCGGAAAGAGCUGGCAAUGAGCAAAAGGCUUGAGGAAAACAUACCCCAUUUUUAUGAAUUAGAUGGUUUUGAAAGAUUAGGUUCAUAUUUACAUAUCAUUCCUUGCACGGAUAACACACCUGACAUUUCAAAAUGUACUAUUCAAUGGUUUCGCAUAGCAUCUGAAGGAGACAAGAAGGAAUUGAUUUCAGGGGCCACAAAAUCAGUUUAUGCUCCAGAACCUUUUGAUGUUGGGCGAUUUUUGCAAGCUGAAAUUGUUUCAGAUGACCAAAGAGUUGUAGUAACAACCACUGGCCCCAUAGAUCCUGCUGCAGGGUUGGGAAGCUAUGUAGAGGCACUUGUAAGGAAACCUGAUACUGAGUUCAAUGUAGUUGUUACUCAUAUGAAUGGACUUGUUCAUCCAUCGCAGUCCAUUCAUGUGUUUCAUGUUGGAAAAAUGAGGAUAAAGCUUCGGAAGGGAAAGGUUACUAAGGCAAAAGAGCCUUACUCCACUUCAAUGCAGAUUUGCGGAGUUAGAGGGGGUGGUAAUGCUGCAGCUCAGGCAUUGUUUUGGCAAGUGAAGAAAGGACUUUUCUUCAUGUUAGCCUUCGAGUCGGACCGAGAAAGGAAUGCGGCAAUCAUGCUUGCAAGGAGGUUCGCAUUUGAUUGCAAUGUCAUGCUUGCUGGACCGGAUGAUCGAGCUCCUCUAGGAACCCAAUAAACUAGCUCAGCUUCUCCUUGUACUAAUGUAAGUAUUCCAAGGCUUUCGGACUGGAGGAAUUAUAUGAUCCUCAGCACGAGGAUAUAUGUAUGACAUCCUUUGGCCUCUGGACAUGGCCAGUUCUCUUGAUUUCUUGAUCUGGUGGGCCACACCAAAGGAUAGGUCAUGCGCUGAAAUCUCCAUUAGAACAAUCAAAACCCUUCGAUUGGCAGCAAGAAAAAUGACAAAUAAUACAAAACAUACAUCAACAAUCUGCAUUCAACAGAUAGGCUACACUCUGUAAGAUAUCUGGGGCAUCACCUGUGGUGGGGUCCAUAAUAUCAAUGGUCUGGAGUAAUGAACCAUGGGGUCCACUUGUACAAAAAAAGGGUCCUGGGGAUUCUUUGCAUAUCCUUGGGCCGGGGAUCCUAUUACUCCAGUGAAAUGUAUGACUAUCUAUAUAUGGUUGUAACAGUUUAAAUAAAUUUGAUGUUGAGGCAUCCACCAUUACAAUGGUUGCUUCUCACCCCCACCAAGGCAUCCUUUUAUUUGCCUUCUUAUCUUUA